AUGGCGGCAACACAGAAUGACGGUGAAUUGUUGCAGAAGUGGUUACAGGAGCAGGUCAAUGGCCUAACAACAGUGCAGGAUGCCGAGCAGAAGGCCCAGGAAAUUACCGAGAAAUUGAAGGAAGAUUUUGAGGAAGCAUGGAAGAAGUUGAGGGACUCCCUGACGAACUCGGAGGCGAGUGAAAUAACCGGCUUCUGUGAUGUGCCCGUGGCACGGGCUGUGGAGACGGCCGAAAAGAACGGGGAGAAUCAGAUGCGGAAUGAAUAUGUGAAAGAUUUAUGUAAAGGAUUAAUGGGUAUUCGUUAUUUUAUGAGUGGCAUAACAGAGUUAAGCGGGAGGAGUGUGAAGGUCGAAACGGACCUUACCGAGGAUAAAUGGUUUGCUCGCUGUACGGUCGGCAUGCUUGCCCUAUCCGACAUUUAUGGUGAUCAUUGUAAAUUGGACAAAGUUAUAGGUUAUGUGUCGGAUAAUGUUGAAGGGAACUUGAGGAAGCACACGAAAGGAGGCCUGGGAGAUUGGAUGAUUGGGAAGUGCGAAGGAAAAGUGGAUGCCAACGCUUUACUUAUGGGUAGAGCAAUCCUUGGUGAUAAAAUCAAAGAUUGGGCAACAGGGAAUAGGGGGGGCCCGGGAAAUUCGCCCUGGAGAGUAAAGCAGUUAUGGAGUAGCAAAUGGAGGUACGUCUGUCCGACGACUAAGGGGAGUUCGAAAAUAACGGACGAGGAGAAGAAAGAUGAGUUAAAUAGGAAUAAGGACAGUAUGACGAAACUUAUGAAACUGGACACGAACAGCCAAAAUAAGAAUAGUAUAGUGCCUCUAUCGGACGUUCUCAUAGGUGAAAGUAAAGAUUAUUCAUUGGACUUAGGCAAAUUAACGAAAGUAUUUGAGAAUGCAAUACAGAACAACAAUACUGCUACUGCUGAUUUAGCUGAGACAAUAAUGAAGGAGAUAACGAAGGCAUCGGAGGACCAAUUAG